GGAGGGACAGUUGUGUUGUAAACUGCGUUGCCUGUGUUGAGGAGAGGCGUGUAGCUGAGCGGCGGCUCUCAGAGCGUUUCUCAGCUUUUCCCGCAGCUUUUCCCCCGCAGAGAUCUACGUCUACAGAAGAGAAGAAUGCUGUAAAAUGGCUCUAGAGCAGUUCAGUGAUGUCGUCCAGAGAUGUCAAGCCGUCCAGGAUGAGAAGUUCUCUCCGGCUGAUUUUGAUCUGUUCCAGACUGCAGGGAAGACCUGUAUCGAGCAGGGCGACAGCGCUCAGGUGCUGAGUAUCAUCGUCGAUGAGAGAAAUAAGGAUAUAGUGAGAUGUAUGGGAUGGAACCUGCUGGAGCCAAUAGUGAAGGUUCUCCUGUCGAAGGAAGACCGGAAUCUUCCUCACUGCCACGCCAUCCUCACACACUUACUACAGACCUGCAGUCCUAAAGAGCUGCUGGUGGGUCUGCUGGAGCAGGUGGAGGAAGCCGACUCCGAUACCAUUCCUGAGGCCAUAAUCCUCCUGCUGAAGCCUCUGCAGACAGUGCUGCUGAAGCUGGGGGUGAGGAAGGCCUCGUCGGUGGGCAUGGCUCUCUCCACGCUGUUGGCGCAGGUGGCACAGCUGCCGGUGCCGCUCAGUAAAGAGCAGGAGGAGGACGACGUGUUCGGACUGUGCCGCUGCUGCACCGAGCUCCUCCUCUUCAUCAGGCCCUUCGUGGAGGAGGUGAAGGAGAACCUCAACAACAACCGAGGCUUCUCCAGAAACGACGAGCUCCGAGGAGAGAUCCUCAAAUUUUGUAUGAAGAGUCUGAGCGAGCCUCUGCUGGAGGUUCAGCUGAAGGACCCGGACGCUCUGGAGAAGUCCCCGCUCCGAGACUUCGCCUCCGAGAUCCUGGUGAUUCUCUCCAGUAUCGGCGAGUCUCUGCCGGAUCUGCUGUGCCACAGCGUGCUGAGGAAGCGGGAGGUUCCCGGCUUUAUGGAGGAGGAAGUUCGGUAUCCUAAAGAAUCUCUGGCCAGUUUGGCUCAUUUACUCUUCGUGAAGCACAUCGCCAUGGAGCGCUUUCCUGCAGUUCUGAGCCCAGUUUUUCUUCUUCAGUGCAACAUGGAGUAUAUUGAGCUGUUGCUGAGCAGAACUGAAGAGUCUCGGGUGCAGAAAGGACUGGAACUGUAUGAGAAGACUCUGGUCAGGGUGGAGGACGGCAGUCUACCUGUGGAUCUCCUGGAUCUGAAAACCUUCUUCAGUGUUCCUCAGAAUUUGGUGAAAGUGAUGACAUUAUGUCCAGUUCAGAAUCUGAGGACUAAAGGACUGUCCGUAUUCCAGCUGAGCAUCGACAAAUUCAACACAGAGGCCAAAUACAAAUUCUUCAGGUGUAUGUUGAGGACUAGUGAGCAUGCGGGAGUGGAGGGGUACAUCAUCAAGAACAUCAAAACCCAGAUCGACUCUGCUCUGAGGCCGGGUUAUGGGAACGAGUGGUUUCUGGGUAAACAUCUCCUGCCGUUACUGCACCAAGUCCUGUGCCUUCCCCAGGGACCAGAAACCGACCUACUGCACAAUCUGGACAGGAUCAUGGAGUCGCUGAACCUGCUGCGGUAUCUGCUGAUCAGAGAUAAGGAGUGGCAGAACGAGACAGGAGUAUGGAGUGAACUCUACAGGAUGGAGGAGAACUUCCUGAAGCCGCUGAGGACCGGUCUGAACAUGUCUAAAGCUCAUUAUGAAGCUGAGCUGAAGAGCGCUAAGGAGAAUAAGAGGAGCAGUGGAACAGAAGCGAAAGCUCCCACCUGUACAGUGACGGUAGGAAACGAGAGCUUACCCAACAUGACUCCAGAGAUGCAGCUCCAGGUGCUGCAGUCGGCCCUCUACACCUUCGACCUGAUGGAGAGCGUGCUGGCGAGGAUCGAGGAGAUCGCGGAGGCGAGAGGGCGGGUUUAAGCCUGGAUUAAGUUUUACCACGUCUGUCAGGAAACCACUGAACCGCAUCCGCCGCUGCUGCCGUCUCCGGUAGAAUCCUCCCGCUGUAAAAACGGAUCACUCUUAGACAUCCCGACAUCACGAUGCACCGACAGCAGGACACUGACCAACCAAUGUGAACAGACCAGCUCCUCCAUCAGCCUCAGAGCGGCGGAGCGGAGGAGCCGGAGGGCUGAGCGAUACGGACACAAUGCUAGUACUGUGAUUAUAUUGCCACAUCUCGUCUCUUCUAAUAUAUUAUAAAUAUAAAGUUACAGAAAUAGGAGAAACUUGAUUAGUGUAUCAGGAAAGGAUGGGAACGUAUGGAAAAUACAUUAAAACCAAAACAGCGUUUCUUUCUUUCAUUUACUGUGUUUCUACUUUUAUUUGAUUGCAAAUUUUUUAAUUUCUUCAUUUAAUUUAUUAAUAUACUGUAAUAUAUACAUCCAUUCCUGCAUUUCAGACCUGAAACACAUUCCAAACUUCAGACAUCAAUAUAUGGUGGAAUAACCCUGUUUUUUUAUAUUUUUUUUCAUGCAUCUUGGCAUCAUGUUCUCCUCCACCAGUCUUACACACUGCUAUU